AUGUCUUCCACCAAAGUGCUCUUCUUCGGCGAGCAGGCGAGAAUAAAUCCAGUACAAUUAGGCCACUAUGCCACCAAACACGUUAUCGAUCAAUCGAGAGGCGUUGAAGCGACGGUGGCACAUGGACUUACCACUGACCAGACCGCGACGCCAACGAACGCCAGUGUGACGUCGAGUCCCAUAACUCGCCAAACUCCUGACCUGCAUGAACGCCAUGUCUCCAUGCCACCCGCUGUGGCCGGCAACACGACCUCCCUCUGCGAUACGUACGCCGCACCGACUCAGCAGAAAUGCAUCGGGCUAGUGCAAGCCUUUCCUCCCUUCACGCCCAAUUUGCCGCCUCGUCUAAGAAAGGCGCGACCAGGUCGACGCGAGCGAGCACUUCUACGCCUCCAACGAGAGGCAGAUCUUCUUCAGGAAACGGCCACCGAGCAGCAAAACCAGGCCACUGUCCCGAUGCAAAGUCAUGGCACUGUCGAAGCACGGUUGGGAGCAACAAAUGUCGUGCUGCCAUUGCCGGGGUCCAACGCAACAGACGAAGUGUCCCGUCCAACACCGGGCGACCUGGCUCCUCGUCGGAAGGCGAGGCCGGGAAGACGAGAGCGAGCAGCCUUGCGACGCCUUCAGCAACAAGCGGGGAUUCUUCAGGAACCCUCCACGUUGCAGCAGGUUGAGGCACCUGGCCUGCGCCCGGGCCCUGAUCCGACUCUGUCGCCGACGACGACUCAUGCGGAUGCGUCCUCAUUGGUGGUAGAGGGGGAUGUGGUAGGGAAAGACGGUGUUCAGUCGUCGCACGACCAGCAGCUAGCCGAACCCGUGAGCACUCUGGCUCAAGGCCAAGCCAACGACGUUCAGAAGGUUGCCGCCUCGCAGCACGACCACCCCUCCAUUUCCCCGCCGCCUUACGACCCGAUCGCGCUGGGACUGGAAGCGGAGCGAUUUAUCCUGCAGCAGCAUGGAUCGAGGCAGUACCCGACAGAGGCGAUGGCGCACGAUCAACCACAGGAACGACACCUCGUGGACUGGGCGAUCCAAUGGCAAGAGGCCGCGUCAGGACUUCCGAGGGACGGUGCGUCAACGGCCACUGUGACGCUGCCUCAGAUCCAUUCCGAGCAGGCUGAGGGCGGCGCACCCCUCGGGAUGGCCAAUGUCGAGAGCUUGCCCUCGCAUCACUGGCAGCCGAAGCCGUUCACGCCAAGCUCGCCUCCCAUGGCUCUCGCAGGGCUACCUAUUCGCAAUUUCCAGAACGACGAGUACGAGGCGCCGUGCGCCUUCCCCAGCGAGUGGCCCGUCCCUACGGCACAUCAGGCACCUGAGAUGGUGACGCGAGCACCAUACGAAACGCCUAUGGGCACUAUGCUUGAACAAGCGGGAGCCUUUCCUGCCCAGCAGACUGGAGCUCCGUACGCCCAGGAGCUCGUACAGUUCCCCGCGGCGCUUGAGCCACAUAGUCUUCCGCUUUCGCAGGCAAUAUAUCCCUUUGUUGACUGUCCGGGACCCUGUCCCCCGAACUGCCCCACGCGAUUGAGGUUGGCGCGAGCGCACCCUCGCCACCAAGGCCGCCCUUUGUCGCGUCUUCCCUAUCCAACACGGUUCGAUCCUUUCAGCGACGAUUUGGACAGUGAAUGGGAGGCGCGAUACUAUCCUGCAGCGGACGCGGGGGAGCCUAAUUCUCCUACCUCGCCUAUUUCACCCGCGACAGCGACGUCGGCAUCCGCGCCGACGCCGCGGACAGCCGGUCUCAACGCUGGCCAUAGUCCCUGUUCCUCGUGCGAGCGGCUAGCGCGGGCUGGCGAGGAGAUCCUAUACACCACAUGUUGCGGGUACAAAUCGGCCACUGUACCCGCUGGGGACGAUGAGACGGACGGGGUAACAAUGGCGAUCCCUGUCAGACGCGAGAGGAAGCGCGGUGGCCUUGUUGGCUCGACGCCCUCUUGGUAUCUUGACCAGCGGCAGGCCCACCGGUACCUGGCGCUGCUUCGAUGCCUCGAGUACCACGCGAUCUUGCGCGCGAAGGCUAAGGAGGCCAACCCCGAGGACAGCGACCGGCCUCCGCUGACGCCACUCUGGACUCAUUUUCCCGAGCUCCUCGAGCCCAUCUCUGAGGUGCCGCCGCAGAACAUGCUGCACCUCCACCUCAGCGGAAACUGA